AUGGGUAACGCGCUGGAGGCCCCUGUGACCGAAAAGGACACCGUUCGCUUCGAGCGCGACGCCCGCGCUCUCAAGGCACAGCAAGGACUAGGCGAUCGCAAGGACAAAGAUACCAUCUGGAUCAUUCCAGGCGAUGAAUGCAGCGAUGGCAUUGCGGCGGCGGCGUGCUCAAUGCAGGGGUGGAGGUGCUCCAUGGAGGACAGGCUGUGCGCCAGGAUGGACUUGGAGGGGUGUCCUCUCGGAGUUCGACACAUAUUCUGUCUUUUCGACGGACACGGGGGCGAUUCCGUGGCCGAAUAUUGCAGAACGUACCUCGCCGAUCGAAUCGUACAACGCAUUCGAGAGGCCCAAGCCCUCGCAACGACAUCGGCAACAACGACAGAAGCAGCAACAAUAGCGCAAUCGGCGCAAGCACGAGUACCCGCCAACGGCGCAGGGAAAGAGGGCAUCAAUGAGCACCCUGGUGGCGGGGGCGGCGGCAGAACCUUCGGUGAUGGGGAAAGGGGCAGUGACGGGGGCACAGCCACGGCCGCGCCGUAUAUGGCGGCGGGUUGUGUCCGAGACGCGUGCCGUGAGGUGGACGCAGAGGUCAAAGGUACUUUCUUUACUCCGGCUGGGAGAUACGUGGCUCCAAGGGUGGAUGAUCCCCUCGAUCCUUCGCCUAAACAACAGCCGACAAGAACGUCCUCUUCAAGCGGUGGCUUCGGCGAAGGUGCUGAUCAAGCGCGACCCAUGUCCAUGGAAGAGAGGCGGCUUGAGAAGGCCAAACGAAAGCCAUCAACGCAAGCGAACAAAUCACCGGCGCGAGACGGCGACGCGGGGGCGAGGAAAGAAAACGGCGGCGAGACCAACGCUGGCUUUGCCGGCGGGUGGGGCGACGGUAGCGGUAACGCCACGGACGAUGCGGACGGGGGGCCUACGAGGUUUUCUACUUGCGGGACGACGACCUCGUUGAUCGUCGUCGUGUCCGACGCCUUCAUCAUCUGCUGCAACACCGGCGACUCAAGGGCGGUUUUGGCCUCCGAGGGAGCAUCGAGGCAGCUCUCCGUUGACCAUAAGCCAGACAACAGGGCCGAGCGACAAAGGAUCGAGGCUGCGGGGGGGAAAGUGGAACACAACCGCGUUGAGGGGAAGCUGGCCGUGUCUAGGUGCAUCGGCGACCAUCCUUUCAAGUCGGACCCGAACCUUCCAUUGGAGAGACAGAUGGUGGUGUGCGACCCAGAGGUUACGGUGAUAAAGCGUAGCGAUGAAGACGAGUUCGUUGUCAUGGCAUGCGACGGGGUGUGGGACGUGAUGGGCAACGACGAAGCGUGCUUUUUCUUGCGAAAGUCUAUACAGGAAGGGAACAGGGACCUCGGGAGAAUCCUCGAAGACAUGGAGGAUGUGUGUCUCGCAAAGCAGAGCAUGGAUAACAUGUCGGUCCUUGUCAUCGCCUUCAAGGCAGCGUGGGAAGAAGGCCUUCACCUGCAUAAGUCUGCACGGUACAUCCUGCAGUGGGGGUGCGAAGAAGUCUCUCGGUGGCUGGCUACCAAUAACUUCGGUCAGUACCAGGAUGAUUUCGACAAACACUACAUCGAUGGUGUCCAGCUGCUGAGCCUCACUGAGGCAGACCUCCACCAUAAACUUCGCCUCAAGAAGGUUGGACUGCGCAAGAAGCUCUGGCAGAAGCUGUCGCCCCUUCGGUCCGGGUAUCUCGCGUGGAGCAAGGUCGAGCUGGCGGCCUGGCUCGAACACGUCGGCCUUCGGGAUUUUCAGAGGGCUGUGGUCGAGAAAGACAUCGACGGUCGCGUCCUGAGCACAAUGACCAAGACCGAGAUGAGGUUAUUGGCGAGAAACGCUGGGUUGCAUAAGGGCUCUCGACGAAGGCUUUACUCUGUGAUCGACGACCUCAAGGCCGGCGGCGCGGACGGGGAAUGGGUUGCUCUCCACGGCAGUAUGCUGCUCGGUGCACGAUACAACGACGACGUCAACGGCGGUGACACCACCGGAGACGCUUGGCUCCGGUCGCCUUACCCGGGACCCUCCGGCCACGACGCUUCCAGUACGUCUUCAUCCUCGUCGUGUACUUCACAUGACGAUUGUGAUGGUUCCUGCGGCGGAGAAGGCGGGGAGGGCAAUGAUAGUAAUCCGAAGAGGGCCGAUCGCGGUAGACAUAAUCAACAUGACCGUCACAGCCAAGGCCAGCACCGGCACCCUUCGGGCGGCGGGGAGGGCAUGGUCGUCGAGCCUCUGGGUGGUGGUGUCAACCGCGGCGAGGAAGCACCUGUGGUUGUAGGGCAGAGCGCGGUGCCGAGAAAGGGCUCUGGGAUGUUCACGUUAGACGGUAAGCCGCUGCAGCAUGGACUAUGCAUGUACCCCGCAUUUCUACGCUGUACCACACACGGCCGCUCUCUCUAUCCUGACGCGCUUCCGAUAUUCUGA